AUGGCAGCUCCAACUCCAUCGGCUGCAGCGACGAAGCCGAUCCAUACCAUAGUUCUGGAUUCUUCGCCGCUCCUACUGAACACGCCCGGUAUCUCCACACUACGGGCUAACAGCAGUGAACUCGUCACAACACCGUCGGUCCUCGCCGAAAUCAGACAUGAAGAAGCAAAGACAAGAGUUGACACAUUGUAUCUACCAUUUUUGAAUGUGCGUACUCCGAACCCCGCAAGUGUUCGUUUUGUGAAGGACUUUGCGCGCAAGACUGGUGAUGGUGCCGUUCUAAGUCAAACCGACUACGAAAUUCUCGCUGUGGCUUACGAACUGGAAUGCGAGAGAAAUGGUGGUGAUUGGCGGUUACGAAAUGCCCCAGGUCAAAAGCGGCUGAAUGGCAGUCCGCCCGAGAAGAAGGUGGAUAUCGCGCCAGAAGCGCAGCCUGUCGAGGCACAGCUGGAACAGUUGACAAUGUCAGAACGACCUUCGACUGCCGAAGAUGCGCAUGUGGAAGAUACAAUAUCCACCGAACCAGAUCCGGGACCUGAGGUCGAAGAAGUGCUCGAUGAUGGAGACUCUGCAGAUUCUGACGAAGGCUGGAUCACUCCAUCCAACAUUAAAAAGCACAAAGCCAAGGACGAAGGUACUGCCAAUUCGAAGCCAUCAGAAAAGACACUCCAGGUUGCCACCAUGACUGGCGACUUCGCCAUGCAGAACGUUCUUCUCCAAAUCAAUCUGAAUCUACUAUCGACCAAGACUUGCAAGCGAAUUUCCCAGAUCAAGCAGUUUAUCCUCCGGUGCCACGCGUGCUUUGCUACCACCAAGGAUAUGUCUAAGCAAUUCUGCGCCAGGUGCGGCAAGCCCACGCUCACUAGGGUCAGCUGCACAACCAAUGACAAGGGCGAGGUAAAGUUACAUUUAAAGGCGAACAUGCAGUGGAACAACCGAGGCAACGUCUACUCGAUACCCAAGCCAACUGCUGGCACAGCGAACCAGAAGUGGAAGGGCCCGCAGGCAGGUGGCGGUAAGAGUGGCUGGGGCAAUGACUUGAUUCUGGCAGAAGAUCAGAAGGAAUAUAUCCGUGCAAUGUCCAGUGAUAAGCGGCGCAAAGAGAAGGACCUGAUGGACGAAGACAUGCUACCAAGCAUCCUGACUGGAGAUCGAGGCAAGACGGGCGGCAGGACGAAGGUCGGCGCGGGAAGAAAUGUGAACUCGCGAAAGCGGUAG